AUGAGGAAUUUCGAUUAUGGAAGUGACGAAGCGGUUCAAGAGUCGAAGAAGGGUGGAGAACUCGAUGCUUCUAUGAGUUUGUCAUCGCCGGAGAGAUCGAGGAUCCGUAAAAAGGUUGAAGGGAUAUCGAUGUUGGCAUCUACAGAGACGUCGAAGACAAGGCGGGGAACUUCAUAUGGGUCGCCUGCGUCAUCUCCUAGACAAUCGAAGAAGCAGAAGUUAAACUCGGAGAAGAGUCUAGGUGAUGAUGGUGAUGACAAAGAAGAAUUUCUCCAGAUUGUGGUGAUGAUGGUAGGGAAGAUGAGAACAGUAUUGCUGGCAUUGAGGAAUGUGCCUCCUAGACAAUCGAAGAAGCAGAAGUUAAACUCGGAGAAGAGUCUAGGUGAUGAUGGUGAUGACAAAGAAGAAUUUCUCCAGAUUGUGGUAAAUGAAGAAGAGGAAUUUGGGGAUAUAGGUGAUGAUGGUAGGGAAGAUGAGAACAGUAUUGCUGGCAUUGAGGAAGUUGGUUGUACAGAUUUGAGUCUUUAUUUUGGUGAUAAAGCAAAAAAUGAUGACUGUGAGGUCGAUGAAGACGAAGGGGAUGAUGAUGCAUGGGAUGAUGAUAAAAUCCAUAAUCUUGUGUCAUCAGAUGAUGAGAAUGAAGAGGAGAUGAUACCAGCACAAGCUUACAGAGAAGACACUGAUCCAGAGGAGCUCCUUCAGCUAGGCAAGACAUUUUCAGAUGCUGAGGACUUCAAACAUGCUUGUCUCAGGUAUACCCUGAAAACCAGAUACAACAUCAAGUACUACAGAUCCAGUAGCUUGAAGAUGGGGCCAAAAUGUGCCGCUGAGAUGAGAGAUGAUGAGGCUCCAUGUCCCUGGAUAGUCUACUGUUCGUAUGAUAGGAGAAAACAGAAGUUGAUGGUAAAGACAUACGUCAAUGACCAUAAGUGUGAGAGGACAGGGUAUUUCAAGAUACUUAAAAGGUCAGUAAUUGCAAGUCUAUUUGCUGAGAGGUUAAGGCUGAAUCCUAAGCUCACAGCAAAGGAGAUACAGGCUGAGAUCUUGAGGGAGUAUAAGAUGGAAGUUUUAGAAAACUCAUGCAUUAAGGCCAAGACGAAGGUGAUGAAAGAAAGGAGGAAGACCCAUGAGGAGCAUUUUGAUAAAAUCUGGGAUUACCAAGCAGAGAUAUUGAGGAGCAAUCCUGGAUCAACCAUGGAAAUUGAGACCAUACCAGGAGCCACGGGACAGUUGUUGGCUGCGGUUGGAAUAGAUGGAGACAAUAGGAUUGUCCCUAUUGCUUGGGCUCUAGUGGAGAUAGAGAAUGAUACAAACUGGGAUUGGUUUGUGAAGCGUUUGGCCUUGGAUUUGGGAUUGGAAGAUGGGAACAGCUUUAUUAUAAUGUCUGACAAACAAAAGGGAUUAGUGAAGGCAGUUCAUACCCUCCUUCCAGAAGCUGAGCAUAGACAGUGUUGUCGCCAUAUUUACGAGAACUGGAGGAAAGGUGGAAAAGAUCUAAGGUUACAGAGGUUCUUCUGGUUCAUUGCAAGGAGCUACACUCCUGGGAUGUUCAACUACAACAUGGACGAGCUUAAGAACUAUGAUCCUGGCGCACAUGCAUCUCUGAUAAAGACAAAGCCAAAGACUUGGUCUAGAGCUUUCUUCAAGAUAGGCUCCUACUGCAAUGAUAAUUUGGACAACUUGUGUGAAUCCUUCAACAAGACCAUCAGGGAGCCUAGGAAGAAGCCUCUGCUAGACAUGUCAGAGGAGAUAAGGCACCAAUGUAUGACUAGGAACUACAAUAGGUCUAAGAUGGCUAAGGACAUGAAGACUAGGUUCACCCAGAAGACACAUAAAGAGUUAGACAAGGUUAAGAAGAAGUCAAAAGAGUGUAGUCUGCGUUGGGCAAUUGGGCCAGAGACUGAGGUGGAGGAUAAAGACCAGGCAUAUGUGGUGAAUUUGGAGAAUGAGACUUGUGCAUGUCGAAGCUGGCAAAUGAAUGGUAUUCCUUGCAUCCAUGCUGCUAAGGUUAUCCUUGGUGUUCUGAAUUUGUUGCUCCUUGCUACACAACCUCUAAGUGGCGUGAAACCUACAAUUUUGGGAUCAGACAUGUAA